AUGACCAAAAUCAAUCAAGGAAUUAAACAGAUUCAUGAAGGACCAUUCCACCACCACUCCCUGGGUGACCCGCGGCCAAUCAGGAUAGUAAAUGAAGACAUAACUCGCUAUGGCCGGUGGCGCGGUGCAGACGAGAGGUUUCGGUGGAGCGCAAUCCCAGUGCGGCUUAUGGUGGCUGGGUUGGAGGGUCCACGAUUCACUUUAUCAGAGUUGUCGGAGAUGAGGGAGGCGGCAGGCAAGGUGAGUGUGAAGGAUGCUAGGAGUGGGGCCGCGGUUGUAAUGGUAACUCGCGGUGGUUUGGAGGCAGUUCUGGUGAGGAGAGAAGCUGCGGGUGAUAAUGAGGGAUUGGUGAACGUGAGAGGGGCGAAUGAUUUGUGCCAGGGAGACUGA